AUGGGAAAUCCACAUAAACGGUUUGUGAUACGAAAGGUGAAAGGUCGAGAUGGAGUUCCGUGGGCGUUAGGAGUGCAAACUGAGUGUAGAGUUGAGAAUGCUGAGAUAGCAAGAGGUCUUUUCCAAAUCUAUCAAAUGAAAGCUGAAGGGGAAAACCAGUCUACGGUUAUUAUGGUAGUAGCUGUUCUCUCAGGUUGUGCCGACCUUGGGGCUCUUGAUUAUGGUCAAGCUAUUCAUGGUUAUAUCAGCAAAGUUAAUCUUGAUUAG